CGCCGCAGUCAGUCCGCCGCCACCAUGCAAGCUGCGCAGGCACGGUGAAAACUUAGCGCCAUUCCUCUAAAAGGCUAAGAGGUGCCCUAACCUGCAAUGGCUUGUGCGGUGGUGACCGGAGGCAGAGGGUUCCUGGGACGGCACCUGGUGCACAAGCUGCUGGAAUCCGGCAAAUGGGAGGUGGUGCGGAUCAUGGAUCUGGCGGCUGGCCUGGCGGUGGACGCGGAUGAGGAGAAGGCGUUGAGCGCGGCUCUGGAGAGCGGCAGGGCGCAAUACGCUGGGGUUGAUCUCCGCAAUCUCCCCCAGGUGAUUCAAGCUCUCGAGCAUGCCACCGUUGUCUUUCACAUGGCUGCACCCGAUUCCUCCAUCAGCGACUGGAAGCUGCACCACUCGGUCAAUGUGAUUGGCACGCGCAAUGUGAUUGAGGCGUGCAUCGAGCAGGGUGUGCACAAGCUCAUCUACACCAGCUCACCCAGCGUUGUGUUUGACUACAUCAAUGGGGUCAAGGAUGCGGAUGAGAGCCUGGCGUACCCAGCCAAGCUCAUGGAUUCGUACUCUGAAACCAAGGCGCAAGCCGAAGCACUUGUCCUGGAUGCCAACGGUAGGCAUGGGCUGGCCACCUGCGCUAUCCGCCCGAGUGGGCUGUUUGGGCCGGGUGACCGGCUGUUUCUACCGUCGAUUGUGGCAGCAGCCAGAGCAGGCAAGCUCAAGUUUCAGAUCGGGAGCGGCGACAACAAGUUCGACUGGACCUAUGUUGAGAACGUGGUUCAUGCUCACGUGUGUGCCGAGGAGGCAUUGGUGGAUGCAAGCGGUGUUGCUGCUGGCAAGGCCUACUUCAUCACCAACUGCGAGCCGGUCAAGUUCUGGGAGUUUCUGUCCGAGUUCCUGGAGCGAUUGGGAUACUCGCGGCCCCAGUACCAGCUGCCAGUCGCCUUGGUUCUGCCCCUGGCCUGCAUUGCCGAGUGGGCUUGCAAGCAGCUUGCACCGCUGGGGGUCCCGAUGACGCAGUUCACCCCCGCCAGGAUACGCUACAUGACCUUGUGGCGAACAUUCAGCUGCGACCGAGCCGCGAGUCUGCUCAAGUACAAGCCGCUCUACACAGUGGAGGAGGGCAUCCAGCGGACGGUGGCGUCGUUCCAGCACCUGCGGGCUUCCCCAGCCGCCGCCGGCGAUGGCAAGUCAGCGGCACGUUGGUGGUGGAUGGUCCUUGUAGCCGUCGUUUUGCUCGCGGUAUUUUUCCAGAGAUUCCUCCACGAGGUAGCCUAGACUAAAGAAAGAAACAUUUUGGUGCGAAA